AAAAAAGGCAAGAUUUACUUGAAAUUUCCUAAUAUAUAGCACUUGUUAUUAUGGGUAAGGAAAGGCUUAACGUUGAAAACACAACUCAACUAAAAACAAAGAAAACUGAGCAAAAAACUCAGGAGGAAGAAAUUGUCAUUCCAGUACUACAUGACUCAACCGUCUCUACUUAUCUGUGGUUGUUAGUAUUUAGUGUACUAAUGUUUACGUUUCCCUUCAUAACGUACUAUGGUGUUCAUUCGUGGCUGCAGACAUCUUUUGACUUUACUGUAUUCCAGACAAACUGUUUCUCAGUGCUAGCAGCGGUUCUAGCUGUUAACGGCAUAAUAUGUUUAUACGUUUUCAAGGCAUUCCGAGAGAAUGAAGAGCCCUCAGCAGAUGAAAAGAAAGAGAAUUAAUUAUCAUAAUAUCAU